GCGCCCGCGUGUGUGUCUGUGUUAGUAAACGGAGAAACCCGAGUGUUGUUAAACUGAGGUUUAAAACGUUCACUGUUGAAAUUAAGGCUAGGUUGAUAUCGUCUAUUCAAACUAAUAGGUUACCGUGAACGAAAUUCAAAUCAUUUUUAUAUUAGUGGGAUAGCACAACUAACAAACCUCUAAGAAUGCGACAGCACUUAUCAUGUAUUAUGUAGAGUUGCCCACGCAAUAGUCGGGGUGCCGCUGCCUAGCCUCAGUUUAGUGUGCAUGCGGGCAACGUGUUGCAAAAGCCGCUGCGCAAGUCGCGAGUGACAACGGCGUCUGUGUGCGCAGUUAACGAAUAUCGCGUGCUUUGGUCUUGUUUGACUUAGCGAUGACCAUUUAAGUUCUUUCCAACCACCCUUUUUUAAGCGAAUUGAUUCGUUUUAUUUGUUAAUAGGGUACAGGGCUGGCGGCUGUUUAAAACCCCUUCAGUAAUUCGCAAAUAUAUAGUCAAGUCAUUCAUACACCGACCAGCCAUAACAUUUAAACCACUAAUAGGUGAAGUGAAUAACGUUGAUUAUCUUGUUACAGUAGCAUCUGUCAAAAGGUGGGAUAUAUUAGGCAGCAAGUGAGUAAGUCUUGAAGGUGAUGUGUUGAAAGCAGGAGCAAAGGGCAAGCGUGAGAUUUCUGAGCAACUUGGCAAAGGCCAGAUUGUGCUGGCACCAUAACUGGGUCAGAGCAUCUCCAAAAUGUCGGGUCUGUUGGAGUGUUCCCAGUACGCAGUGGUUAGUACCCUCCAAAAGUGGUCCAAGGAAGGACAACUGGUAUAGCAAUAACAAGGCCAUAGGCGCCACAAAGUGGAUCGAUGUGCAAGGGGUGCAAAGACUGGCUCAUCUGGUCAGAUACCACCCAUGAGGUACAGUAGCACAAAUUGCCGAAAAGUGUAAUGCUGGCCAUGAGGGAAAGGUCUCAGAACACACCACUUUGCAGCUUGCUGUGCAUGGAGUUGUGGUCAGAGUGAGCAUGUGAGCGUCAGAGAACUGGCUCAUGGUGCAGUGGAAGAAGGUGGCCUGCUCUGAUAAAUCUUGGUUUCUUUUAGGUUGUGUGGAUAGCUGGGUGUGUGUUGGUCGCUUACCUGGUGAAGAGAUGGUAGUAGGAUGUACUAUAGGAAGAUGUCAAGACGGUAGAGAUAGUGUGAUGCUCAGGUUAAUGUUCUGCUAGGACCUUGGGUCCAGGCAUUCCUGUGGGUGUUACUUACCUAAAGAUUCCUGCAAAGCACAUGCCUUGAUGGCAGCGGUAUUCCCUGAAGGCAGUGGCCUCUUUCAGCAGAAUAAUAAGCCCUGCCACACUGCAAAAAUUGUUCAGGAAUGGUUUGAGGAACAUGGCAAGGGUUCAGGGUGUUGUCUUAACCUCCAUAUUCCCCAGAUCUCAAUCUGAUUGAGACUGCAAAAAUAAAUUUAAUCUAUGGAUGCCCCAACGCACAACUUAAAGGUUUGUUGCUGUCUUAGUGCCACAUACUACAGGACACCCUCAGAGAGGUCUUGUGGAGUCCAUGCCUCGACUGGUCAAAGCUGUUUUGGUGGCACAAGGCGGACCUACCCAUUAUUAGACAGGUGGUUUUAAUGUUGUGUCUGAUCGGUGUAUAGUUAUAUAUCCAUUCAUUCAUCCAUCCACCUCCCUAACUUGCUUGUCCUGAGCAGGGCCGCAGGAGCCAAUCCCAGCAAGCAUAGGGCACAAGGUAGGAACAAUCCCUUGACAGGGCGCCAGUUCAUCACAGAGUGAACACACACAUACACAAGGGUCAGUUUAGCAAUGCCUUUUUAUGCUAUAAAUUAAACAUGCUGAUAAUUAACUUCAUGCAAUAUUAUCUUUGAAAGCAUGACAAGAAGAAAAAGGUCAGUCUGAGAAUCAUCGGUGAGUGAGAAUUGUGUGACUCAUUAGAAGGUAAUGUUGCAGUUCGAGAAUCCAGUGAAUGAGAAGAGUGUGACUUGUUCACAGUGAUUCAGUUCAAACUUCCAAGAAUCAGAAGUGACGUGAAUGAGAAUUCUGCAUCAGAUAGGUGACUCUUACAGUUCACACAUCUACAUAUCAAAUGAAAGAGGCUGACAUCGUGCAUUCACUGUUGAGCAAUGCUGAAUCGAUUCCUACUAAAGAGGCGUUGUUCGUAUUGGACAGUUUGUUUGCAAAUUGCUCAUCACUGUGCAUGGCAGAACAAUUAGUUUGUACUCCUUGGCUGUCAAUGUGUAAGACUGAGACAAUGUUCUGCUUCAGCUUGUGCAUGAGGGAGAUAAGAUUUUACUUUGUGAGACUGUGAGAUUAUCAUCUUCAUUCUGUGUACUUGACUUUAGCUACUAAUUGGGAAAGUGCAUGUGAGUGAGACGUGACAAUUGUGUGCUAAGUGGUGAGAUUAUCUACUUUGCCCUGUGAUUAAAAUGGCUGUGCUCUUUGUGUGUAGCAAAUGAGAUUUGCUGUAAGCAGUGUUGCAUAGUAAGUAAAGACCUGGACUCUAAAGCACAAUGUCCAGUUCAGCAUUGCCCACUUUGUGGCCCCCAGCAAGUCACGUACAUUGUCUUUGCUCCUCAUAUUUAAACUGUUUUUCUAAACUGCCAGAGAUUGUGUCUGCUGUGUUGAAAGGUGCUGUAUGAAAUAAAGGCUUUCUGUUUCUUUCAUCAAGUGAGAGAUGUGUGUUUAAGUGUGUGACCACACACAAAUUAUGGUUGGCCUAUUGGAGUGUUUUAUCGUUGUUUUUUUUUUUCACUGUGACUUUCUGUUGCAGUGUGUGAGUGCAUAAUGUUUAUGCCACCAUGUUUAUUGGUUCUUCUUUACCCCUUUUUCUGAUUUGUCUGUCCGUUUAAAACAUAUUUUUGGUGUGCCUUCCUCAGUUUUGGAUACUUUUUCUGUCUUCCUUCAGGUGGGGGGUUAGGUUUGGUAUUCAUUGAGGAAGUAUAGUUCUAAAGAAAGGGGAAGCUGACUGUAGAGCUGCGCCUGAUGUGAAAUUGGCUAAGAUUUCUGCAGCAUGCUUGAAACCAGAUGCCCCUUCAUUGUGAGUGUGCCCUUUUACCAGAAAUGUCAUUUCCUUUAUCAAAUCGUAUUGUUUGUAGAUGUUGGGGAAUGUGUCAGAGCAUCCUGAUGCUCAGUGAGAAGACUCCCACUGGAAAUGAGUCUGUGUGCUUUAAAAGCACUCUCUGUUUCACGCUAAAGUCAAUUCCCACCUUGUCCUGUCUCCAUUGUGGUGCGCUUUAGCCAGUGCUGUUUCAUUCUAUCCCAGUCUCUUUGCUUUGCCCCUUGGCUGAUUUUUACAGGACUUCACCCCCUCCUUUUCUGUAGUCUUAGCUGUCCUACUUGACCUCAUUAUUCAUUUUACUUUUAGCGGUGUUGCUCGAGUCCCCGGUCAACAGAUUACUGCACUGUGUAUUGUAUGCUAGCCUCAUUGUGAACUCAAUGAAAGGGGAGCUUGAGGUUUUUAUUAACCCUGUGUCCUCCAUGCAGAUCAGUUCUCUGAACUCAUUUCAUCCUUUUUUUUUCUGUGGAGAGCACUGGCACCCCUGUUGGACAGGUAGCAAAGUCUAAUCCGUGUGUGAUGAAGCUGUUCUCUUAACCCUCCUGGUUUGGUGAUAAACGCUUGCAUUUGGUUAGACUGAAUGCUCAGCAGGAGAAGCGUGCCUGGGAACCUGUGGGUGUUACAGUCCUCAUUUCCUGGUGUUUGUCACAGUUGCUGCGUGAGAGCAAGCGACAGAGGGAGAUGCAAGCUGUGUCCUUUAAAGCCAAAUGGCCGAGCUGCCAGCCUACAGCAGGGGCAGGCGUUUUGGCCAAAGUUCUCAUCGGCUUCUGGGUUCUCACACAGACUCCGGUUCAGGCUGAUAAAUCACCUGCCGAAGCUCCAGCAUCGCCACCGAUUGUCCACCGCAACCCUUUCUCUGUGAUCUGGAAUAUGCCCACGGCCAAGUGCCAGGAGCGGUACGGUAUUGACUUUGACUUAUCACAGUUUGACAUCGUUGAGAAUCGGCGGGAGAGGUUCCAAGGCCAGAACAUGACAAUCUUCUACCGGAAUAAGCUGGGCCUGUACCCCUUCAUCCGUAAGGACGGUAGUUAUGUCAAUGGUGGGGUCCCACAAGAAGCCCCUCUGGAGCAGCAUCUUGACCUAGCCAAGCAGAAGAUUGAGCAGUUGUUGGCAAGUGACUUCAGUGGGCUGGCAGUGAUUGACUGGGAAGAAUGGCGCCCUCUGUGGGUGCGAAACUGGGGCCGCAUGAAGAAGUAUCAGAGCUUGUCAGAGGCACUAGUCAGACAGAAGUAUUGGGUGCUCCCUGAGAAACAGGUCCGAGCCAGAGCCAAAGAGGAAUUUGAGACCGGAGCUAUGGCUCUGAUGUCCCGCACCCUGCGCCUGGCCACUCGACUCCGACCUUCUGGCCUCUGGGGCUACUACAAGUUUCCAGACUGUUACAACUACAACUGGAAGAAAGUGGACAACUAUACAGGCCACUGCCACCCUAAGGACACCGAGAGAAAUAACCGUCUGGCAUGGCUGUGGCACGAAUCCAAGGCCCUGUACCCAAGUAUCUACCUUACCCGCCCACUGGGCUCCUCUGAGAGGGGUGCCAUGUAUGUCUACCAUCGGGUCAAGGAGGCCAUGAGGAUUGCAGCUGCAUUCCCUUCAGCCAGUGGCUCUCUACCAGUCUUGGCAUAUGCAAGGGUGACCUUUGCACACACACUUCAGUUUCUGAGUCGGAUGGACCUGGAGCAUACAAUUGGAGAGAGUGCCUCCCUGGGAGCAGCAGGUGUGGUACUGUGGGGUGAUCUUGGCUUUGCCCAGUCCAAGAACAAGUGCCAGGCCCUGCGGGAUUACGUGCACACUGUUCUGGGGGGCUACAUAGUAAACGUGACAACUGCUGCCAGUCUGUGCAGUGAGUGGUUGUGCAAUGCAAAUGGACGCUGUGCUCGGAGGCAGGAUGGCUCAAGCGCCCGUUUGCACCUGAGCCCCCGUAGCUUCAAGAUUGUCGACUAUGGCUGGGCCAGCCCGAGGGCCGUCGGCGACUUGGACCAGCAGGACCUGGCACAGCUCUGGCGUUCCUUCAGAUGUGUUUGCUACAGGGGUUGGACUGGAGAACAUUGUGAGAGGAGCGCCCCCUAGAAGUCAACGCAUGAUUUUUUUUU